AUGGGCGGUCGGUCCCCGAGCGACGGAGAUGGCGGAGGAGGCGGGCGGGUCGCCACCGUGGACGGACAGAGUCCUGCUGCCGUCGGCUCGCCAAGCCCCGCCGCCGGCAUGAAGAGACGAGAGGCCGGGAGCGUGCCCCACGACGAGGGGUCCGUGGCCGGCGAGGCGGCGGGCUCGGGGGCGGACGGCACGGACGAUGCCGGCCGGAGGAAGAAGCUCAAGACGGGACCCGGGAGUAGGGGCGUCGCCAACCUGACGCCGGAGCAGCUGGCCAAGAAACGUGCCAACGACCGUGAGGCGCAGCGCGCCAUCCGCGAGCGCACAAAGAACCAGAUUGAGACGCUGGAGCGGCGCAUCCGCGAGCUCACGAACCUCAAGCCGUACCAGGAGCUGCAGGCCGUGGUGCGGGCCAAGGAGGCCGUCGAGCGCGAGAACGCCGAAAUCAAGCGGCAGCUCGCGAAUAUCGUGGGCUUGCUUAACCCAAUCAUUGGGACAGAUCAAAACGCUGGCGGAGCAUCACCAGCGCCGGCGUACGCGCCGCCUACUGCACCUCCAGUCCAGGCUUCGGUUCCAUAUCACGCAUCACCUACGCCCACGGGCUCCGCCUCACCCGCCGGGACCGUCGAGACGUCUCACGGGUGGACUCACGGCGAGACUUCGGCGGCGGGAACGCCAGGGGAACUCACCGCGGCGCAUCUGCAGCAGCAGCGGCAUCGCAUCCGGCACGACCUGGAGAUGGGCCCCGAGCGGCUCGAGCUGGGCUUCUUGCUGCAUCAGGGGCAAGGCCAGCACCUGAGCCGCUUGCAGGGCGGCAUGCACGGCGCACAGGACACGCCACAGUACCAGCACGUGCCGAUGAAGCACGACUGGACGGCCGUCACCAAGAACGAGGCCUUGGGUACGCGGCACAGCCCCCUGGCUGGGACGAGCGGCUCCAUGCCUGGCUACGACGGCCAGUCUCCCGGCGGCGCGGUCGGAGCGACAAGCUCGCAUCCGCAUGCAGGGGGUGGGGAACACGAUCCGGAGAACCUGCCGCGGUACGCCACGCCGGUGAGAAACUGCAGCCCGACGUGCCCGCUCGACUCACUGCUGCUCGACUUUCUGAGCGAGCGGCGGCAACGAGCAGCCGAGGGCCUACCGAUGCCGCAGGUUAUCGGGCCACGGUACCCGUCAGUGUCGUCGCUGCUCAACCCAGCCAACAGCGCGUACAGCCACCCACUGUCCAAGGUGUUCACGGACAUCCUCGCGACGUUCCCGGAUAUCUCGAUGCUGCCGGAGCGCGUCGCAGUACUGUACGUCAUGUUCCUGGUAAUGCGAUGGCAGAUCGCGCCGACGCGCGAAAACUACGACCGCCUGCCCGAGUGGAUGCACCCGACGGCGUCGCAGCUCGCGCACCCGCACCCGGCCUGGAUCGACCACCUGCCCUUCCCGCUCAUGCGCGAGAAGCUCGCCCGCGACUACAACCCGCACGAGUACCUGUUCGACAACUUCUUCAUCCCCUUCACCACGACGCUGCGCCUCUGCUGGCCCUACGACGAGACGGACACGCUCCUCCUGGUGCCCGACUCGGACGAGGUGGUCAUCAACCCCGUGUUUGAGCGGCACCUGCGCAGCCUCGACAACUGGCGGCUCGGGGACCGCUUCGUGCGCGCGUUUCCGUCCCUCGCGGAUACGUGCAACGUCGACGCGCGCGCACGCGGGGGGCCGCCGUCCUCGGCGGCGUCGUCCGUGAGCCGGUGA